AUGUAAUAUGUAACUAACUAAAAAUAUAAUCACUUAUAAAAUAAGAAAUUAUUUAUAAAAAUUAGACAUCAAAUGUUUAUUCCUCCUCCUUAUUAUUACAAAUAGUUUACAAGUUCAAAAAGCUUUCCAGUACCUGACUUAGAUAAAGUUAGAUAGCACACAGAUGAUUACUAUUCAUUUGGAGAGUUUCAUUAAUUCAAAGAUUUUGAAGUUGAUUAAUUAUAGGUUUUAAAAGAAAAAUUGGCUGAAAAAAACAUCCAUGGAAAUUUAAAAUUAAAAUUAAAAGAAUUAAGCACAGUAAUUUUUGAUAUCUGUCUGAAAAUACAAGACUCAAUUGCAAAUGUUGAUAAUUAGCACAUUGAAUUAAGGCAACAAUUGCAUGAAAAUUACGAGCAAUUUAAUUUAAUAUGCUAGUUUAUAAACAUUAAAUAAAAAUACACUGAUUUAGAGGAAAUUUUCAAGAUUGAACUAAUAAAGCUUAACCAAAUAAAUAAGGAAAUGGCAGUUAAAAUUUAGGAGUUCCAAAAACAAGUAGAUGAAUUAAACUCUGAUUUUAUCACAUAUUGA